CUGGUUCUUCUUUGGGAGAAACACAGCUCUGGGUGGAGGAGAAUGUUAUUGAAAACAGUCGCCUUGUCCGAGUUUAGACCAGUAACAAUGAUAUGUGGAAACUCAUGUACAGUACAGUACAGUGCCUACAGAAGACUUGUAUCUUCGUUCCAUGAAUUGAUAAGGUCUCCACUCCAAGCUCAUCAAAUGGUUCUUCGCUAUCGCUAGCGCCGGAGCCGUGGAUCUAUUUUGUCUCUCGCUAUUACAUUUCAGAUGUUAUCGACAUACAUAACUCUCGCUACGUUAGAUGAACUCGAAAAUUGGAGGUGGAGAUGGAAACGUCCAAUAGGACGAUGUACAUUCGCUUGAGGAAGGAGUCAGAGGAUAAAGGCGAGCACGCCCUUAUCGUCACUACCACAUUCACGUCGCUGGCAGCAUCAUUGGUAGCCGCUCGUUUUUAUACAUGGGGUCUGUUGGUUAAAAAGAUCGGUUCUGAUGACUGGACGUGCCUAGUAUCGUAUCUCUGAUACUCUCCAUUGUAUUCAUGGGACUGCUCAUUGGUGGUAUGGUAUGCAACCGAAAACUCCUUGAACGUGGCACAUUUCCGUUCAUCCCCGGCGAAGGAGACUUUGGAUAUUGGAAGGAAAACGCUAACGAACAAGUAGAACGGAAAUCCGCACCUGGUGGUAGUAAGACUGAAAUUUUGUUUGAUACGAUCAAGAAAAAAGUGAUACUCCUUUGUGCCUCUGUCCCAGUGCAUAGUGCUAGUCUCUUCUGCAACAAAGCCUCGAUCAGCCUGCAGUACCACAGAAGCUUCCCGGGGAGUCGAAUACGUAUAGCAUGCUAUGGCGCCCUCGCUUUCUUAACACUAUACGGCCUCUGGGUGGUUAUCGGGUCGUUUCUCAUCUGCGUCCCCAGUGAAACCUGCAUGAGUCGGGAUGCACUCUGGCUCUCCACUGCAAUUGUGCACAUCGUCACGGAUAUCAUUCUGCUUGCGAUCCCCAUGCCGAUUCCCAUCAGGCUGAAUCUUCAUAAAAGGAAGAGAAUCGGCCUCGUAUUGGUUUCGCUCUUGGAGGAUCAAAGCAAUGACGCGGCGGCCUCCUGGUCAGCUGUCAAAUGCGAUGUCGCGAGAAUAUGUUGCUCUCUUCCCACCCUACGGACGCUUAUAACCCGAAUGUUCCCAAACAUAUUUUCGAAGAGCAACCGUGCUUAUGGAGGCGGCUCCAAAGGGAAUUCCUGGUGUUUACCAAGAUGGUUCGGGUCCCAGGGGUCUCGAGGAGCAAUCGACCAGGAACAUGAUAUGCAACCUUCCCAGAAAAAGCCGAGGGAUGUAGAGGAUUGUGGAGAUUCAGGCAGGGGUGCGGAUGGGGUCAGAGCAAUCGAAUCGAUUUCACAGCGGCCCCUGUAUAUGACAUAG